AUGGCCGCCGUCCCCUCCACGCCCGUCGUCGCCUUGCCGGACGCCUCGCUCAACCACUUCAUCAUCGACUCGCCGACACACGCCGACACCGACUCGCCGCACGGCCCAGCAGAGCCCGAGUCGCCGAGCAAGGCGGCCAGGAGACUGCGCAAGUCGUCGGCGAGGGCAUCGCUCGCCGCGCGCGACUCCAACGAGCGCGAGGGCUUGUUGGUCGACUUUGGCCAGGACGAGUCCAGCCGAUCGCCCCCGUCGAGCCUGCACCCUCGCACCCCGUCCGCCUUCGCCCGCUCCCUGCUCGACAAGUCGCCCUCGCUUCUCAAGGCGCACCUGUCGACGCCCCUCAUCCCGCUCGGCACCCCUGUCACAUCCCGCAAAGCGCGGUCGACGAGUCCCGACAAGGAGAACGCGACGCCGUCGGCCCGCCGUCGCGCCAAGCACCACUCGCCCGACUCGCCGUCCCCGGCCGCCGAGUCGCCGCACCUCACCAGUCGCGCAGACGCGCCGACAUCGACUCGCACGGUGCGGUUCUCGCCGAGCCCUCGCCGUACGCGCUCCUCGCCUCGCAAGGUGGCCGCAUCCUCGUCUGCGCUCGCCGGCACCCCGUCGACCGUCGCGUUCCACCAGCCCACCUCCUCAUCCACCUCGUCUCGCCCCAUCCAUUCCCUCCACCAUAUCGGCCUCGCCACCCCGAGCGCCACGUCUCGGACGCACCUCUUCGCCUCGCCGUUCCCGGCCUUCUCCCCCUCGACGCCCGCCAUCCGCAGCCACACCUCGUACGACACCGACGAGCUCACCGACGCCGAUGCGGACGGCUCGAUCUGGGAGGACGAGCCGUCCUUGUCGUACCCGGCGCCGGCGCAGGCAGACGCCCAGGUCGACGAGGUGGCGCUCGCCGUCGGCGGCCUCUCCCUCGGCGAGUCGCCGGCCGUGGACCCGGCGCCGAUGCGGGACGAGCAGGAUGGGGAGAACGAGUGGGAGGAAGGCGAGGUCUCGGGCGAGGACGAGCUCACCGAGACGGAGACGGCGAUGAGCAAGGACGACGAGGAGGAGCUCGCGGGCAGUGCAGAGGAGCUUGCGCCGGCGUCGCUUGCGGUCUGCGAGGCCGCUGCGCAGCCGCCGACGCAGCUCGACGAGCCGGCGCUUGAUGCCGCCGACCACGUCGAGCUCGCCCUUGACGAGCGCGUCCUCGAGCAGCACGCACCUGUCCUUCCCGUCGUCGAGGACGACGCCGUCACUGCGGUCGAGGCGUCUGCGGCGUCCGCGCCCUCGAUCUACCCCGACACGUUCGCUCCAGCGUUUAACGGCGCCGAGCUACCUCGGGCAGACCAGUGCCCCAACGCGCCCGUCGCGUUUGGUCCUGGGCCCUCGUCGUCGUCGCGGCCCGAGCCGGUCCAGCAGGGCGUCGAGCUGCCGUCUGAGCCUGUAUCGUCUGAUCUCGACGUCGCAGCGCCUCUCGAGAUCGAGGAGCACGGCCUCGUCGACGCCGUCGUUACCGAGGCCCUGAGCGACUCGGCGGCCGAGGGACCCGUCGUCGCCGGCCUCGUGGCGCCCGAUGCACCCUCGGCCCGCCGCGGUCUCGACAAGCACUCGGAAGGCGUCGCCGCCGCCGCGUUGCCUCAAGCCGACAUCGGUCGACGAGCGACACCCCCACCCUCCCCUUUCCUCGCCGCGUCCGCCGCCUCUCAGCCGGCUCCGCCGCUCGCAACCCCUUCUUUCCGCCUCAACACACCCUCCCCUACCCGCAUCAGCGCCUCGGCCGCAACGCCGGUGCCGUCGGCGACGCCGUCGGCGCCGCAGCCGGCGCAGCCCUCGGUCUCGGCCGCACCGACCUCCCGUCGCCAGCUCACCAAGCUCACCUCGGCCGCCACUUCCCGUACCGCACUCGCGACGGCGACCAAGUCGUCGUUGACGACGCUCGUCCCCGGCUCAGCAGCCGCGUCGACGAGGCGCCUCGCCGCGCCUUCGCGCCUCGCCGUGCCGACAAAGCGCUCGACCGCCACCUCGUCGAUCGCCGAGGCGCCUGCCGUGCCCGCUCCGUCCGCCAAUGCGAGCGAUGCGCCCAGGGUGGGCGAGCUCAAGUGCCCCGCCUCGGCCUUGUCGGCGUCGAGCGCGUCCACAGCUUCGACCGGCUCCAGCGCGCCGUCGAGCUCGUUGGGCCGUCCUCGCGCAGCUGUACGAACAGGCUUCAGGCCUACGGCGACGACGAGCGCGGCGAGCGGGCUCGCGAGGUCUACCUUGGCGUCGUCGGGCCGCUCGGCCGCAGCGGCUCUCGCCCACGCGCCGACGGCGAGGCCGACCGCAGCCACGACCUCUCGCCUCUCGCGCCCUCUCACGGUGCCCCGCCCAGCACCGGGCGCGAGCGCUGCAUCGUCGUCGCGCCUCGCACGCUCGGAGACGAGCGCGACCGCGGCGUCGUCGCGUCCACUUGUUGCGAGCCGCGCCGGACCUGCACUCGGCGCGACAUCGUCGGCGCCGAGCCUCGGGCCGAGCAGGGCUCCGACACGAGCCCUCGGCGCGUCGUCGACCGCGAGGGCCGCGCCGCGAGCUGCACUCGCUGUCCGCCAGGCUGCAGCAGGCGUCACGGCGGCGGCGGCGACGCAGCCGACAAUGACGUCGCCGAGCAAGGCUCGCGCCGUGCGGGUCUUUGACGGCGUCGUGGUAGCCUCCAAGGCAGCUCCUUCCUCAUCGUCCGUCCUUCCUCCUCCUCGGGCCGCCUCGCCGCCUCCUCUUCCCCGAGUCGAGCUCCAUGCCCGCGACGACGACCGUCCGACCCUCGCUGCACCCCUCCUCGCGCAAUCGGUGGGCCCGUCGACCCGUUCGCCCUUCCUCGGCAACCCGCACUCGCCUCCCCCUUCUACCGCCGCGAGGGCUCCUGCCUCUCCUUUGCGCAGCCCUCAUCGGGUCCCGGUCAACUCGCAAGGUGCCGGGCCGGCUCCUUCCCUGCGCGUCGCCCCGUCCCUGUCGCUCGCCCCGACCGCGCUCGUCGCGCCCGCCGACAAGCUCGCCCCGACGGCGGCCGCCACCCUGUUCGAGCCAGCCGUCCGCUCGACCGCGCCUCCUGUCGUCCGCUCGGCUGCACCUCGUGCCGUGCGAGCCCGUCGCACUCGGGCGACCGAGGCAGAGCUGCUGGCUGCGGCCGCGCCUGCCGUCCUCGCCGCCCCGGCCGCCGGCCCUCAUGCGCCUGGGCCCGUCGCCGCGACGCGCACGACCCGUCGUGCAGCGACCACAGCGGUCGCGCCACCGAAGCUCGCGCCUGCGCCCGUCGCGCCCAUCGUCCGCUCGGCGCGCCGACCUGCGCGACGCGAGCCCUCGGCCGAGGAGGCCGUUGCCGCACCGGCGGUCCCGAUCGAGGACGACGCGUCGAGUGCCCCGACGUCGAGCUCGAGCGAGCAGGACGCCGCCGAGAGCGUGCGACCUCGCCCGGCGCCGCAGUUCCACCCGGCGCCGGCCGUCACGCAAGACGAGCUCAACCGCCUGACGCAGCGCAACACGAAACGCAACGAGCAGCACCUCAACAAGCUCAAGCUCGUCACCGUCUACAUGGACACGGACCGCCCGCCCUCGCCGACGAGCAAGCUCCGCCGCUCGUUCGGGUCCGAGGCGCCCGAGGUCGUCCGCGCGUCGACCAAGGCCGGGCGCGAAGCGCGCGCCGCCAAGCGCCGCAACGCCUUGCGUGCGAGCGUCGACGGGACCGAGCUGGCGCAGCUGGCGGCCGACCUGCUCGCCGAGGGCGAGGCUGCGGCCGGGGCGACCGAGGCGACGGCGGGGGAGCAAGAGGACGAGCGCCCUAGGCUGCACUUCCGCGCCGCAGGAGACGACGAGCAGUACUCGACGCCGACGAGGGCGCCGCCGAUCAAGAGCAAGACCGGCACCAAGAAGCGCUCGAGCGCUGCCGAGGACGACGGCGAGGCCGACGCUCGGCGCGACCACAAAGCCGUGCGGUGGGACCGUGCGCUCGUCUACGAGGGCCCGAGGGAGGGCGAGGGCCCCGUCCCUGACGCGAGCAUUCUCAAGCUCGCCGACCUCGACGACUGGGGCAACUCGACGACGGCGACGACCAACCUCGGCAAGGCCGUGCCCGUCACGAUCCACAUGCGCGUGUUCAAGGACGAGCAGUGA